ACUGAAGUGGCUCACCUAUACCUGCCUGGCUUAUUUUAUGUAGGAGACGGUUAUGGUGAACAGUAUCAAAUGCCUUCUCAAAGUCUAGGAAGGCCACAUGGACUGGUACAUUCAUAUCCCAGCAUGAUGUCCAGUCGUCCCAAGCUGACAGUAGGUUAGUAACGCGGUAUCUGCCUUUUCUGAAACCAUGUUGGGCUUCAUGUAGUAUAUUAGAACUAUCGAAAUAUUCCCUGAUGUGGUCGUCAAUAAUACUUUCCAGUACUUUUGCUACCACUAGGAGUAGAGCUACUGGUCUAUAACUAGCAGCGUUUUGCCUGUCCCCACCUUUGAAGAUUGGAGAAAGGAUGGCUUUUUUCCACUCCCUUGGCAGUGUCCCCGAAUCCAUUGAGUGUUGGAACAAGACACACAGGGGUCUACAGAGAGCUGGCCUGAUAUCGUCACAACCUGGGGACCACCCAGGUGUGAGUCUGUUAUGUACUGGUCGAGUAAUUAAUAGUCCUGACGCAAGGAGGCGGAAAUCAGAAAACCACCGGCUUCACGAUGAUACUCGUAUUUUCAAACAAGGAAAAUCAGUGUCACACAAGUGUAUGAGUGGAUGUUCAAAAAUGAACGAAUCAAUAGACAGUCUUAACAUGAUUGGUUGUAAUGUCAUGUGACGACAAGGUCAGACAUGUUUGUUUAGUUAGUGGACAGACAAAAACAUAUUGCCAAUUAUAGUGGAAUAUCGAUCCAUAUAUACAUAGCAAAAUAUAACAGACUGUCAAAAACAAACACACAUUAUGUGGAUACGUAUUACCUCCCCUUUUGAGAAGAUUGAUGAUUAAUGGCGUGCUUUCUUGGGGUUUAUCUAAAACCGUUCAGUUUGUUGUCGACGUCUGUUGCUUCGUCUGUUUGUUGAGUUUGCGGCUUCUGCUUUGUCUGAGCUGCGCAAUUUCGUUUUUCUGUUUUGUCGGUCGUAGGUAAGUUAAAAGUAUCUAAGAGUAUAACCAGAGGUAGAGAUGACUGUGUACUGGUAGGGAUAUUUGAGGUUCUUGGACGCAACUGAUUGUAGUGACGGGUCCAUAAAUCAUUACCAACUUUCACGUCGUACAUAACUGAACCACGUCGUGCUGCGAUGGAACCUUUAUUCCAAGGUUUAUGUCCUGCUCGAUAGUCGCGGACAUAGAUAGGGUCACCAACAUCAAAUUUUCUUCAUUCUGAAAUGAUGCGUCGGCACGUUUGGGUGUCGGUGGUAACACUGAGUUGUGAAUCGUUCUAAGUUUGUGUCCAUAAAGAGUUUCUGCCGGCGAUUUCUUGUUCUGUGUUGACUCAUUCGCCGUUGUGCGGUACACCAUCAAGAGAUAUGGAAGUGCUCUAAAGUUAGCCCAUACAAGGUAGAGAUUCGUCCGUCAGACAUUACUUGUAAGUGUUUUGGAAUGCGUACAGAUAGGUAUGUAGUUGCGGUGCCUUUGCCUCAUACUUUUCCAUAACCUGCUUAGACAGUUGUGUCAAUCGUCGGCAUUCCUGCAUUCAAUUGCCAAGCGGACUAAUAAGACAAAAGAAAAGAAGAAUUAUGCUGUUUUACGGAAAGCUGGGUCCAAAGAAUUAUUCAUAGCUGCCAGCAGUUGGAUGCUAUCCGAAGACCUGUGCUUGUAUCACAGCAGUAUAACAGAUAAUGAAGUUGAGGCUUGCGUUAGACCUCGACCGGACUGGGUGCUAACGGAUUGUGAAAUGUUAGCUGAACUAGACUCUUUCGUAGAAGCCAAGAAUACAUUGCAGGCUACUAAACGAAUAUACAGUGUACUCUCCAAUUCAGAUAAUAUGGAGGAAACAUUACCUCUUACCAAUUCCAAACGUCCAAGAGUUGAGACGAAGAACUCGUCUUACGCUUACGACUCAAUGGAACUUGAAGCAGUGGAGGCACAGAAAGUUUGUUUGCCUUCAAAAUACCCGACAACAAAUUUCAUGGCAACUGUUAUGUCACCGAUAGCCAGCACUUCCACUCAACAAAUGCCAGUGGCAACUUCUUCACCUAUAGCGCAACUAGUUCAGCAGACUACUAAGGAAAACUGUGAAUCAGAUAAUAAAGUAGCCAAUGAGUUGCAGUCAAUUAGAGGGGAAAUGCAGUCCCUUAAAGGAGAAAUGCAUUCUUUUAAAGGAGAAAUGAAGGCAGAACUUCAGUCGCUGAAAACAUUGAUGGCGCAAUUGUUGUCAGUGAAUAAGUCAACGUGUGUGGCCGCCGUUGGAAGUGGGAAAUCAACCAUUGACAAUAGUCAACUGCAAUUCCCCGUAAAUACUGAAGAAGAAUUCACCCAACUAGAGGCGUCACUUAAAAAUCCCAAAUUUAAAGAAUCAUUCAUGAUGAAAAUGGUGGAAAAAUUAUCUUUCAAUCCGGAGUCUUCGUUGAGAGCGAUGCUAAAUUAUGUUAUGGAUCCUAAGCUGUCAAGUCGUUUUACAGCAUUUGGAACUCCAAAGAAAUUGGCUCUCACGAAAUGCACCUUUUAUGCAGUUAUAACGUCCGUCAUUGUCAGCAAGUUCGUUUCGGCUACAGUUUCUGAUGACGACGUUAAGAAAAUUCUAAAAAAUACUGUAAAGGCAUACUUCCAUGAUAUACGUGAUCGCGUAGACAAAAGGGAUAGCCGGCGAAGAGUUGCAGUUGACAAGAAGAAAAGUGAUCAGAGGAUCUCUCCUGUAAGUUACCAUUUAAAUAAGUACAUGCUGUAGAAAUUAAUGAAACUUAAGGUCUUUAAGUGUGAGUAUUUCUAUUAUAUAGACAAAUAAUUUCAAUUAUACUCAUUAACGAAAUAAAAUUUAAAACCUAAAUGAAGACGUUUAGUAUUUCAUGGAUUACUAUCUUAAUGAUUAAUUUUUCCUUCUUUUCAGGACACUUCAAUGGAUCUACUU